GUCCUUUCCUUCUGCAGUGUCUCAAUCAAAUAUUAUCUGGUGCACUGUUCCCGUUCACCUCUUACUCCUUUUGUUGCUGGUUACCUCCACAGAACAAAGGAAAAGAUUGCAUGGAAUCCUUGCUCUCCCAUCUGCAGUUUGUGCCAGUUUGAUUGCAGAGUUCCAGUCCUGUGAUACUGUUUGGAUUGGGGAAGACUUUGUUUCAACUUCAUGAUGUCUUCCCCUGAAAUCGCUUCCCUUUCUUGGGGUCAGAUGAAGGUGAAAGGCUGCUCUACAACAUAUAAGGACUGCAAAGUGUGGCCGGGAGGAAGUCGGACGUGGGAUUGGCGAGAAACCGGGACUAAUCAUUCUCCAGGAGUGCAGCCAGCUGACCUUGAAGAAGUCGUCAAGAAGGGUGUUAAAACUAUGGUGAUUGGUCGUGGCAUGAGUGAGGCUUUGCAGGUUCCAGCAUCCACCGUGGACUAUCUGAAGAAGAACGGGAUUGACGUGCUGGUGCUGCAAACAGAGAAGGCUGUGGCGGAGUACAAUGCCCUGGCCGCUCAGGGUGUCAAAGUAGGCGGGGUCUUCCAUUCCACCUGCUGAAGCGCAGCUCAUUCCACCUUCCCGGCCCGCAGCCAAAUCACGGACACACCUCUGCUGAAUCAAAUUGCAAUCAGCAGAGGGUGAGCUUAAGUGCCAAGGCAUUUAUGCACUGACAAUCUAAAAUGCAAAGACAGUUUAUUAGUUCAGGAUUUAAACAAAUCGGGGGCUCACAAAAGGCGAGGCUGUUAAUGUAAUUAAAUUGUUCAAUUACAGAAUAAUUUCCAUGUAUUGUUGACAUUGACCUAAUUUUCCUCUGAAGGCUGUCCAUAGUCUUGUUACUUAACUUUUCACCUGUUGACUAAAUCAGGAGAUUAUGUUUUAAAUACUUUUAUUAGAAAAUGGCCCAAAAUUACAUUACUGGCUACUGGAAUGCAGCCAUAAAAUAGCUGAUGAGCACAAACAAAUGGUAGAUAUGAAGUAGAUAUAAAGAAGCACUUUACCACCACUGGAUAAAUAAGUUAAAAAUAAAAUAAAUUAAAAAGCAAGCCCAGAACAUACAACUUUACCUCCUGCAGGUGACCUCAGUCAGGGUAUUUGCCAAUUUAUGAACAUCACAUAACAGAGCAUUUUAAAAUUUUUCGUUGAGCCUGAAGAAGGGGAAAAUGUCAUCAGGGUAUAAGCAUAAAACCUGUGCCUUGAAGAAUUUUAUUAUUAAUUGCUAGUUGUGAGGAUUUAGUUGUCUAAUACGUAUCUAUACAGAAGUUCUUACAUGCUUAAAAUCAUCAGAAAGGCAUGUUACAAAACUAGAGUUUGCAGCAUAAAAAAUUGAUCUUUAAAUCAGUCUGAAUUGCUGCUGGCAAGCUGGGGAUGCAUGUGAGAAUUGUUACUGGUCAUCAUUAUCUGAUGAUUUAAAUGUUGUGCAUUAUUACACUGAAUAUUUAAACUGUUCUUUUGGUUGCUGUUCUUGAUGGGCUUCUAUCAGUGUUGCCAGUUACAAGUUAACUACUGUAGAAAUUUUGUCCCACCAUGCUCAUGGUUUCUUGUUCUGUACAUAUUAAUUCUGUGUGUAUUAAUAAAAGUACUAAGAUGAAGCUUUAAAAGCCCUGAGGCACUUGGAGCUAUCCAAGCAGUAGUAGAGAGGUUUAGAUUGAUAGGAGAGCACAGUAACUUUUCCAAGACACACAAAAUACUAUGUUCUUUUUCUGUUAUUUGCUCUAGUAAUCAUUUAAAACUUUUUAUCUGAUGAAGUAUAAGGUGGUGCAAAGGCAAAGUGAAUACUUGAAAGUUUCAUCUUGCAGUCCCCUAAUUACAGCAAUGUUUUCUGUUAGUGUAGCUACAUUUGAGGGAAAAUCUUACAUAACCCAGCAGGAAUUGCCUUUCCAGCUGCAUCUGUGUUGUCUGACACAGCAGCUGGUAUAAUGCUCAUUGUAGCUGCUGUGACAUUUUUCUGCAUAACUUGCCUGGUGUGAAGGAGAAGGUGGACUACUGAGCCAGAAGACUGUGGUCAUCCCAAGGGAAUGCUAGCAGAAUGAGUUCCUACCAGCCCGCAGAGUGUGGAGACUUUUUGCACUAAAUGUUAUCUGAUAGUGAA